GAGAAGACAGACCUUAUCUUUAAGCUUAAUGGAACUCCAAAUCCACUUUUCUCUCUUGAUUCUCUGUCUUGCCAUCUUCUUUUUGUUUACUAAGCGUAGAAGCUCAGGCAACGAAAACCUUCCACCACAACCAUGGAAGCUCCCUUUCCUUGGACACUUGCAUCACCUCACAGUCGGAGAUCUCCCACAUCGUGCUCUUGGAAACUUAGCCCAAAAACUGGGACCACUUUUUCAUCUAAAGCUCGGUGAAGUCUCUGUUGUGGUAGUCUCAUCACCUCUUUUGGCUAAGGAAGUCUUGAAAACCCAUGAUAUCUCUUUUGCAAAUAGGCCAAAGAUCCUUAGUGCUGAAAUCAUUGGAUAUAACUAUACAGACAUUGCUUUUGCACCUUAUGGCGAGUACUGGAGACAAAUGCGUAAAAUAUGCAUUGUGGAGCUUCUAAGUGCCAAAAAAGUCCGGUCUUUUGAGUCUAUUCGUGUUGAAGAGUCUUGGAAUCUCAUAGAAUCCAUUGGCGUCAGGGGCAAAACUACAUAUGGGUCAGAAACAAUCAACCUUAGUGAGAAGAUUUUCUCGAUGGUGAAUUCGAUUGCAGUUAGAGUUUCGGUUGGAAGCAAAUGCAAGGAUCAAGAAAAGCUUAUUGCACUGACUAAAGAGAUAAUGUCUUUGUCGAGUGGUUUUGAUGUAUCGAAUUUGUUUCCUUCUGUCAAAGUUCUGCAUCUGCUUACCGGCAUGAGAAAUAAAUUGACAAAGAUACACAAGCAAAUUGAUAAGAUCUUAAACGACAUCAUCUCAGACCAUCAACAACGUACUGGAUUGAGCGGCCAAAAUGAAGACCUUCUUGAUGUUCUAUUGAGGCUCAAAGAUGAUGGUGGGCUUCACAUUCCAUUGACUUCUGAUAAUGUCAAAGCUGUCCUAGUGGAUAUGUUUGUAGCGGGAACAGAUACUUCGUCGGUGACAAUAGAAUGGGCAAUGUUAGAACUAAUGAAAAAUCCAAGGGUAAUGAAGAAAGCACAAGCCGAGCUCAGGCAAGCAGUUAAGGGAAACGAAAAGAUCUAUGAGUCAGAUAUUCAAGAACUUGACUACUUGAAACUUGUGAUUAAAGAAACCUUAAGGUUGCACCCUCCUUUUCCAUUUUUAAUUCCUAGAGAGAGUCAAGAGAAGUGUGAGAUUGGUGGAUACCAUAUACCUGCGAAUACAAGAGUUAUUAUCAAUGCGUGGAAAAUAGGAUGUGAUCCCGAAUGCUGGAUUGAUCCAGAAAUUUUCAAUCCAGAAAGAUUUGGUGAGACUUCAGUUAACUUAACCGGAAGUGAUUUUGAAUUUCUCCCGUUUGGCUCGGGAAGAAGAAUAUGCCCAGGCAUGACUUUAGGGUUAGCCAAUAUCGAGCUUCCUCUUGCCAGGCUACUUUACCACUUCAAUUGGGAACUUCCGAGUGGAGUAAGACCCCAAGAUCUUGAUUCAAGUGAGACUUUUGGACUCACUCUUAAUCUAAAACACAACCUACAUUUAGUUCCAAUUGCUUGUAACACAGAUUAAUGGCCAACAUUAUGUGUGUAGAUUUGAUUUUAAUAUAUCUUUAUCCUUGUUUCUCCUUUAGUUUUCAUAUGUAUGAAUAAAUGUGACACUUUCGAACUUGUAUGUA